AUGGACCCAUAUCUCAAUGAUAGGUGUCCCGUCUAUGCCUCCUUCUUCGGGGCAAUGGGCUGCUGCUGUGCAAUCGUCCUCUCCAACAUCGGCGCCGCAUACGGCAUGGCCAAAAGUAGCAUCGGAAUCUCCGCAGUCAGUGUCAUGCAACCACAGAACAUGAUUCGCAACCUCCUCCCCAUAAUCCUCUCCGUUCUCUCCAUCUUCGGCCUGAUAACCAGCAUCCUCAUCGCCUCCGCGCUCGUCGCCCCCUCCGCUCUACACACAAAUUUCCUGCAUCUCGCCGCGGGCCUCUCCGUCGGACUCAGCUGUCUCGCGUCUGGCUUUAGUAUUGGGGUCAUUGGCGAUGUGGGUGUGAGGGGCGCGGCAAUGCAGCCGAAGAUGUUUGUGGGGAUGGCGUUGGUGUUAAUUUUUGCGGAGGUGUUGGGCCUCUACGGAUUAAUCGUCGCCCUCCUAAUGAUCACGCAAGCAACAGCCGGUGCGACGCAUUGUGGUCCAUGAUUCCGUGAAGUGUAACUGGGAAAGUAGGUAUCAGGAAAGCAGGUAUCAGGAUUCAGAAGAGGGAAUGAUAGAUAGAUUGAUACAUUCAUCGGGGAGGGGCAGAAUAGGAUUUUUACUAAUCCCUCACGCAUCGAAGCAUUUGAAUACAUCUCGCUGUCGGGUGCAUAUAAGGGAAUGAAUGACCUGCG